CUGGUGACAAUGCUCUUUCUAUUGGAGACAAGUCCCCUGGCUUGCCGCCCGCUUCGACAAGUCCUGGGCGUUUUGAGACAAUAAGUCUCGGAGACAUCCUUCCAUGAGCCUUUGUCUGUCGAUGUACUCCGUAGAGUGUGUCUUUGUUGACCGCUCCAGUUCCAGCCAUGCUAUUUUUGUGAAUACCUAGGUACUAACGCCGGACAAACAGCCAGUUUUGUGAGGACUCACAUUCGAUUUGAACCUCCUUGCAGACGUUCAAGCACCAUCGAGAACAAUUGCAUGUUCUGAAACCCAUCGUCUUACGGAACCCCGAAGAUCAUCCUACUGCUGACCAACAAUGGCGGCAAUCCACCAAACCAUAGCGAUUGUCGACAAGUCGAACAAAGUUGUUAGUACGACGAAGCAACUAAAAAAUGUGUUCAAGGAAGCCAAGUUGGCGUACCUUGAGCGGAAAGCCGAGAUUGUAGCAGACCGAAGAGCCAGGGAAGAUAGAGAAUUGAGAAAGGCGAUGAAGGCGGUGACAUUAGCUGAAGAAGCUCAAUCAGAGACAUCCCGAGGAGCUGGAAAAAGACACAGUCACAGGGGAGGGAAUGACCGGGACCAGCGCAGGCCGUCGGUGCCAGGGCAUCACCACUCUUCAGAAUCAGUAAGAAGGACACGACACACCCAUACAGAGCUUCCGCCAGUUGAGACUCCAGUACCGGUGGAAACUGCGCCUGCUCCUGUCGGCCUUGCUCAGUUCAACGAGGAACUUUAUGGCAGGCAUCGGUCCGCGCCAAUGUCACCCACAGGACACAAUCUUGUCCGUCGUACCACCGAUCUCCCAUUGCAACAGAUUCACUCACAUCGUCCGCCGCCUGUGAGAUCCCAUUCUACGUCAGAAGUCGACGACCACAUCGAUAUGGAUCUGGCCUAUGGUGAAUUCCACCCAGAAUCACUUAUGUUGGAUCCAAAGGUGGAGCAAAAUUUGCAAAAGCAAGAAAUGUCCAGCCUUGUCACAAAAUGCAAGAUUCUUUUGGACGAGGCCAACUGUGCACAACACAGUGUCAGAGCAAUCAUCGCUCAUCUGCAGAAGAAUCCGGAUGCCAUGGCAGCCGUUGCUCUGACGCUGGCUGAGAUCAGCAACCUAGCGACGAAGAUGGCACCCGGUGCUUUGGCAGCUUUGAAGACUGGAGCCCCAACUGUCUUUGCUAUGCUCGCAGCGCCAGAGUUCCUGAUUGCUGUUGGUGUCGGUGUCGGGAUUACUGUUGUCAUGUUCGGUGGGUACAAGAUUAUCAAGAAAAUUCGAGCAAGAGUCGGCAACAAAGAGGACGACGUCGUGGAUGAGAUGAUCGAUGUCCAUGAACUCGACCGUAUCGAGCAUUGGAGACGUGGCAUUGCAGAUGCCGAGACUGCCAGUGUCGCCACUAGCGUCGAGGGUGAAUUCAUCACACCGAUGGCUGCUCGCAGCAUGGGACAUUUACCCACGUCCAGAGACCGAAGCGAGGAUAGCCGCCGAGAGAAGUCACGAGAGGAAAGGAAGAAGAAGAAACACAGACGCGUUGAGGACGACCCAGAGCGCACAGUCGUGGGUAGUGAAAGUUCUUCCAAGUCCCGAACUAAAUCAAACAAGCGAGAGAAAGCCUUGGUGAAGGUCAAGAAGCCGAGCCCACUGCGUAGAAUCUUCAGCAGCAAAGAUACGGACUCCUCCACAAGACGAUGACACUGGUCCCGAGGAUACAUGUUAUAAUACUGUCAUAGAUACGACCCGUGUUUGGGCCUGGCGUAUGGUACGUGUGGGAGCGAUGGUUACGACUCACGAUAUGACGAGAUAUGGAAAUGCACAAAUACCUGCUUGUACAAA